AUGCCUUCCGGUAUGCGAACAUAUGGCACUCGCCGACGUUAUGUGAGUAAAGAUAAUGCCAUAUGGGCCUCUUUGGACGAAUUACCUCAAGCAUUACACAUGAUUGACACUAAUGUAACAAACAACGAAUUUAAUAAGCAUACCUCGUCUUUUUCGCUUGAAAUUGAUAAAAAGUCUUCGGGCGCUAAAAGGAGUGAAGAUAAAUCAGUUAAAUCAUUACCUAAGGCUGUUGAUAAAACAGAUGGAAGACAUUCAAAGAGUAAUUUGCAUUUGGUGCCCACGAUUGUUGUUCCAAGUCAUGGUAGGAAUAUAAAUGAAACAAAAGAUAACAGUGCUCUGAAUACUUCUACUUCUGAACCGAAGUCGACUUCGGAUACAAAUACACGGCUUCAAGAAAAUUCUCACAAAAUGCCAACCCAGCUUGCAUUCCUACUAGGUUUAGUGGAUCAAGAAAUGCCGGUUUCUUUUAAAGAUUAUAUUAAAUCGUUCAAAUCUCCUAUAUACAAAAUCGGGGAAGCUAGCUAUAGUGAGGUCUUCAAAGUAGAGAAGGAUGAGCCAAUUGUUUUGAAAAUUAUGCCUUUUGGAAAAAAAAAUCAGAUUCGCUGUUCAGACAUCAUAAACGAGCUAAAAAUUACUAAAAAGCUUAGUAAACUUGAAGGUUAUGUAAAUCUUCGACGUGCAAUUAUUGUCAAAGGAACAUAUCCAUCAAUUUUAAUCGAAGAAUGGGACAAAUACGAUUUGCAGAAAGAAUCUGAGAAUGAACGACCAAACCGGUAUCAUUCAUCUCAGCUGUAUUGUAUACUAUGCUUAAAUCAUAGUGGUACAGACUUGGAGCAUGUGGAACUGUCUAAUUGGUUUGAAGCUUGGUUGAUUUUUAAUAAAACAAUGAAGGUUCUUGCAAUUGGCGAAAGAAAUUUUGAAUUUGAACAUAGAGAUAUGCAUUGGGGGAAUAUAUUAAUAAAGAGACGAGACGAUGAGGACCUCUCAUAUUUAUUGGAUGAAGUGUCCUUUGAUGAAUUCGAUUCUUCUAAUACUUCAUUGACAGUGCCAGAACGAAGCUCUACUGCUGAUUCACUUGACAUUACCUUAAUUGAUUUUACAUUGGCUCGAAUGCGACAUACAGGUUCGUCAUCUCCUAUAUUUAAUGAAUUUGAUGACCCUGAUUUAUUUAAUGGACGAGAUGACUAUCAAUUUGAUAUUUACAGACUGAUGGCCAAAGUUACUAAAGGGCAUUGGGAUGAAUACUUUCCAAAAACUAACAUUCUCUGGUUACAUUAUUUAUUACAUCAAAUUCUGUAUAGGAAAACCAUCCCUAAACCUCGCGAUCAUCAUGAGCAACAGUUGAUGGAACGUCUUAAAAAACUGUUUAAGUUAUUAGAACCGCUCCAGCGUUCCCGAAGAGGGUCGUGUCCUCUCCAGAACUGUGCGUUUUCUUCCGCCACUUCUCUUGAUGAAUGGGUCAGUCAGCGGUUUGAUGAGUGA